ACCGCGCUUCCUUCAUCAACACUACGAAGUGGAUUGAAGAUGUCAGGGCAGAGCGGGGCAAAGACGUCGUCAUCGCCUUAGUCGGCAACAAAACGGACUUGAGCGACCGCCGCCAAGUGUCGCCUGAGGAAGGGGAGCAAAAGGCUCGCGAGCAAGGAAUUUUAUUUAUUGAAACAAGUGCAAAGGCCGGCCAUAAUGUGAAAACCCUUUUCAGGAAGCUGGCUGCUGCUUUGCCCGGCCUCGAAACGCAGCAGUCUGCAUCAGAUGCCCAGAUGGUGGAUGUACAGCUGAACGCGACCCCACAGCAGCAGGAUUUGUCUCGCAAGGCAUCUGGCUGCAGCUGCUGA